ACCGUUUCACUUCCCCCUCCCUUCUCUACAAAAUCUAAAAGAAUAACAAUUACAAUUAAUUUCAAAUUCCCCUCUUUCUCACCAUGUCCUCACCCGGUACACCGCCCUCAACGGAGGCUCCGCCACCGCUACCGAACUUUUCCGCCUCCUUCACUAUAUGGCCUCCCACACAACGCACUCGCGAGGCCGUCAUAAACCGCUUGAUCGAAACCUUCUCCACUCCCUCAGUCCUCUCUAAACGCUACGGCACAUUGUCGCUUGACGAAUCCUCCGUCGCCGCAAGCCAGAUCGAGGCCGAGGCCUUCUCCGUCGCGGAUGCUUCCUCUUCCCCCGACGACCACAGUAUUCAGAUCCUCGAGGUAUACUCGAAAGAGAUCAGUAGACGCAUGAUCGAAACCGUUAAAACUAGAUCUCAUGUCGCCGAUGACAGUUAUGCUACCUCCGUCACUGCUUCCCCCGCCGGACACUCGGUCGCUCUUUCGGACUCUUAAUUGAUCACACCGUUCAUUUCACCAUUAUAUCGUUUGAUUGUUAAAGGAUUCGUAUUACUGUUAUGCUUUGAUUCCAAUGUUGCUAAUAUUCGUUUAUCUGCAUUUUGUAGAAUUGGAGAAAUCAGAGUAUGUAGAGUUAUACUCCAGUAGCCAAUUUGUGUGAAAUAUGGUAUUUGUUCUACUUUCAUAGCAUUUUUUGUGCCAUUGUGCUUAUUGUGUUCUACAUUUGUUGCAUCCAAAUCAAAUUGAAUGCUAAGUGUAAUCCAUUUGUUCGUUCUCAUUAUGAUGAUUUACCUUUGAUGUGAAA